GCCUAGCUGCGCCUGCGCAGGCGCCGAGGGGUCGGGGCUGGACGCAGAAAUGGCGGCCUCCAUCUUCUCCAGCCGGCUGUUGGCCGCCGCCACCCUUAGGAGCCACCCGCCCCGGACGGCGCUGCGGGCCGCCGCCCAGGUUCUGGGAAGUUCUGGAUUGUUUAACAACCAUGGAUUCCAAGUACAACAACAACAACAAAGGAAUCUCUCACUACAUGAAUACAUGAGUAUGGAAUUGUUGCAAGAAGCUGGAGUCGCCAUUCCCAAAGGACACGUGGCUAAGUCACCAGAUGAAGCUUAUGCAAUUGCCAAAAAAUUAGGUUCAAAAGAUGUUGUGAUAAAGGCACAGGUUUUAGCUGGUGGUAGAGGAAAAGGAACAUUUGAAAGUGGUCUCAAAGGAGGAGUGAAGAUCGUUUUCUCUCCAGAAGAAGCAAAAGCUGUUUCCUCACAAAUGAUUGGGAAAAAGUUGUUUACCAAGCAAACAGGAGAAAAGGGCAGAAUUUGCAAUCAAGUGUUGGUUUGUGAGCGAAGAUAUCCCAGGAGAGAAUAUUACUUUGCAAUAACAAUGGAAAGGUCAUUUCAAGGUCCUGUAUUAAUAGGAAGUUCUCAAGGUGGUGUCAACAUUGAAGAUGUUGCUGCAGAGACUCCUGAAGCCAUAGUUAAAGAACCUAUUGAUAUUGUAGAAGGCAUCAAAAAGGAACAAGCUGUCCGGCUUGCACAGAAGAUGGGAUUUCCACCUAAUGUUGUGGAUUCUGCAGCAGAAAACAUGGUCAAGCUUUACAACCUUUUUCUGAAAUAUGAUGCAACCAUGGUAGAAAUAAAUCCUAUGGUAGAGGAUUCAGAUGGAGCUGUGCUGUGUAUGGAUGCGAAGAUCAAUUUUGAUUCUAAUUCAGCUUAUCGCCAGAAGAAAAUCUUUGAUCUCCAGGACUGGACUCAGGAAGAUGAAAGGGACAAAGAUGCAGCUAAGGCAGAUAUCAACUACAUUGGCCUAGAUGGGAAUAUAGGCUGUCUAGUAAACGGUGCUGGUUUGGCUAUGGCCACAAUGGAUAUAAUAAAACUUCAUGGAGGGACUCCAGCCAACUUUCUUGAUGUUGGUGGUGGUGCCACAGUCCAUCAAGUAACAGAAGCAUUUAAGCUUAUCACUUCAGAUAAAAAGGUAUUGGCUAUUUUGGUCAACAUUUUUGGAGGAAUCAUGAGGUGUGAUGUUAUUGCACAGGGUAUAGUCAUGGCAGUAAAGGAUUUGGAAAUUAAAAUACCUAUUGUGGUACGGUUACAAGGUACACGAGUGGAUGAUGCUAAGGCACUGAUAACUGACAGUGGACUUAAAAUUCUUGCUUGUGAUGACUUGGAUGAAGCUGCUAAAAUGGUUGUAAAGCUCUCUGAAAUAGUGAACUUAGCCAAACAGGCCCAGGUGGAUGUGAAAUUUCAGUUGCCGAUCUGAUCUGAGAAUCCAGCGGAUGGCUGAAGGUUUUAAUGUGCUAUAAUCAUUAAAAUACUGUGUUCUGUGUUAUUAUUGUUCCUUUUCUCAUUCAUGUGUGAAGAUUAUAAUUGCCAUCUAGGCAUAAAAACUUUUAAAGCAUUUGGUCUGCAUUGAAUUCUAUUGAGAGUGGGCUGUUUGUAUAAAGAAUGUGUAAUGCAGUUAUCUAGUUUCUUUUGUUGCAGCCUCCUUUUUCACUUCUACAGAAUGCCAUUUGCAGUAUGCCAGUUUAUUUUUGUUGGAUACAACAUUCUUCAUUAAUAUGAGUCCUAUGAAUAAAAUAAAUCUGAAGAUAAAGCUUUAUUCUUUAGUGUUAGAAAUAUAUCUAAUAACUAGCCUUAUUAGUAGAGCAAUGUAUUAAAAGUGUUUUAUAUAAGAAGUGUUUAUCUUCAACACCAAAUUCCUAACUAAAUAUAUCAACCACUAUUUAUAAACAGAGCUUUCAAACACUCCUCAGAAUAUUCUUUUAAAUAUUUCAGUGAAGUAACUUAAUUAUUUGAACAUUAUCUUAAUUGUUACAAAAUACCAAUAACUGCAAGUCUUUAUGAUCCUGUGGUAUUGAGAAGAACCUGUAGGUUUUCACCAAAUAAAGGCAUAUA